AUUAACCACAGAGCCACGACAGGAACUCUGAUUUGUGAGUUGUGACCUUUCUCAAGCUCACAGAAUCAGUCCCAGUUCUCAAUGCUUUCGUGCUCUCUUCUGUGAAGCAGAGCUGAGAAGGCAGUUUUCUUAGGAAGGACUACAACUCCCAGAGUGCCCCUGUGCGGUUGUCAGGAGCAACCAAGGAAUGCAGACUAACAGACCUGCUGGAGUCAGGACUAUACACCCACUGACAACCAGCCAGCUAUGGGCCAGGAUUAUUACGCUGUGCUCCAGAUCACUCGCAAUUCAGAGGAUGCCCAGAUCAAGAAUGCGUACCGGAAACUUGCUCUCAAGAACCACCCGUUGAGGUCCGUCGAGCCAUCCUCGGCAGAGACCUUCAGGCAGAUCGCAGAGGCCUACGAUGUGCUGAGCGACCCUGUGAAAAGAGGCAUUUAUGACAAGUUCGGAGAGGAGGGCCUGAAGGGCGGGAUUCCUCUGGAGUUUGGAUCGCAGACCCCAUGGACAACUGGUUACGUCUUCCACGGCAACCCCGAAAAGGUUUUCCACGAGUUCUUCGGCGGAAACAACCCCUUUAAUGAGUUUUUUGAUGCAGAAGGAAAUGAGGUGGAUUUUAACUUUGGGGGGCUCCGGGGCCGCGGGGUCAAGAAACAGGACCCCCCAAUCGAGCGAGACCUCUACUUGUCUCUGGAGGACUUAUUCUUCGGCUGCACCAAGAAAAUUAAGAUCUCCCGAAGGGUGCUGAACGAGGACGGGUUCUCCUCUACCAUCAAGGACAAGAUCCUCACCAUUGACGUGAAGCCUGGGUGGAGGCAGGGCACCCGAAUCACCUUUGAGAAGGAAGGGGACCAGGGUCCCAACAUCAUCCCCGCCGAUAUCAUCUUCAUCGUCAAGGAGAAACUACACCCUCGCUUCCGCAGGGAGAAUGACGACCUGUUUUUCGUGAACGCCAUCCCCUUGGGCAAGGCUCUGACCUGCUGCACCGUGGAGGUCAAGACCCUAGACGACCGUCUGCUCAACAUCCCCAUCAAUGACAUAGUCCACCCCAAGUACUUCAAGAAGGUGACGGGGGAAGGGAUGCCAUUGCCAGAGGAGCCCGCCAGGAAGGGGGACCUCUUCAUCUUCUUCGACAUCCAGUUCCCCACCCGCCUCACACCCCAGAAGAAGCAGAUGCUGCGCCAGGCGCUGCUGACGUAACUCUGGUGGGCUGGGGCUGGAGCGGGGGGAGGAGGUGGCGACUGGGCCUGACUGCGCCCCCAGCCCCCAGCCCCCAGCCCCAGGGUGUCCCACUGCACGGGCCUGAGGUGAGGAUGGAAUGGCAUGGAACCUUUAAACUGACACAAUAAAGUUCUCUUUCCUGUCCUCCA